AUGGAAGAAUCACCAGGCGAAGGCUCUAUAGAUAAGUCCAAGGUUUUGAAUGUAAAGCCCUUGCGGACUCUUACUCCAGUAUUCUCUUCACCACCGAACUUUAAUUCUUUUCCUCAAGGUUCUGCCCCUUUUGUUUGUGUUUCCCCAGCUGGUCCUUUCCCACCUGGAGUUUCCUCUUUCUUUCCAUUUUCCCGUAUACCUAAUCAGUCUGUCCCUUCUGGUGACCACACCCCAAUAUCGUCAGCAGUUCCAAUCAAUUCGUUUCGGUCACCUGAGCCUCUGUCUGCACGGACUGCAAACGGAAAUGCUGGGUCAUCAAGGAGGGUUUAUAGAAACAGCAGGGUUGUGGAAGAAGACGGGUAUAGUGACAAACAAACUAAGAGUUCACAGAGUAGAUCUCAGAAAAGGACAAAAGGCAGCCAUGACAAAUUAGCCUCUCCUGAUGUUGACACAGAUGUGAUGGUAGAAAAUAUUUUCCAAUCAUAUAACCUUGUGCAAUUCGAAGCAGCACGAAGAUAUGAUGGUGAUACCGAUUCCGUAGGAUAUGUGCUCCUGGUUUUCAAUUUGCUCCGAAGACAAAUCGCACAGCUUGAAGAUUCGAAGGAAGCCACUACGGGACAAUCAAGGCGCCCUGACUUAAAAGCAGGUAAUGUUUUGAUGACUAAAGGAGUUCGAACGAAUGCCAAGAAGAGAGUUGGAGCUGUACCCGGUGUUGAAAUUGGAGACAUUUUCUUUUUUAGAAUGGAAUUGUGCACAAUCGGACUGCAUGCUCCAAGUAUGGCUGGAAUAGAUUACAUGUCUGUCAAGGUCAGUCAAGAUGAAGAACCAAUAGCUGUCAGCAUUGUUUCAUCUGGAGGAUAUGAAGAUGAUGUUGAGGAUGAUGAUGGAUUGAUUUACACUGGCCAAGGUAAGGAAACGGAUCAGAAGCUUGAAAGGGGUAACCUUGCGCUGGAAAAAAGCUUGCAUCGUGGUAAUGACGUUAGAGUAAUCAGGGGUAUAAAGGAUGUGGGAAAUCCAACUGGAAAGGUAUAUGUGUAUGAUGGUCUAUAUAGAAUCCAGGAGUCAUGGGUGGAGAAAGGAAAGUCUGGUUCCAAUGUUUUUAGGUAUAAGUUGGGCAGGCUACCUGGUCAGCCUGAGGCAUACAAAAUGUGGAAAAAAAUUCAGCAAUGGAAGGAUGGUAUUACUCCUAGGUUGGGGAUUAUACUACCUGAUCUUACUUCAGGGGCCGAAACGUUGCCUGUUUCUCUUGUGAAUGACGUUGAUGAUGAAAAGGGGCCUGCCUAUUUCACUUAUUCUCCAAAUCUCAAGUAUCCAAAACCAGCACCAAGGGAUCCUUUUGUUGGCUGUGCUUGCAAUGGUGCAUGUCUCCCGGGAAACAAGAACUGUGAUUGCGUUCAGAAAAAUGGAGGCUAUCUUCCUCACAUUGUGAAUGGGGUUAUUGUGAGCCACAAAUCAGUGGUAUACGAGUGUGGUCAUUCCUGUCCGUGCCCUCCAACUUGCCGUAAUCGUGUGUCCCAGGGUGGGCUAAGAGUUCGUUUGGAGGUGUUUAAGACCAAGGGUAAAGGUUGGGGUUUAAGAUCCUGGGAUCCCAUACGAGCUGGAGCUUUUAUAUGUGUAUAUGCAGGAGAAGCUGUAGAUAAUUCUAAGGCACAAGAGCUUGCAGGUGAAAACGAAGAUGAUCACAUCUUUGAAGGUACCCGCACCUACCAGCCAGUGGAAGUUUUGCCUGGUGAUUCCAAUAAUGUUCCAAACCUCCCAUUUCCUCUUAUAAUAAAUGCCAGAAAUGCUGGGAAUGUAGCUCGUUUUAUAAAUCACAGUUGCUCACCAAAUCUGUUCUGGCAACCAGUUUUACGUGGAAAUAGCAAGGAGUUUGAGCUCCAUAUUGCGUUUUAUGCCAUCAAACACAUUCCUCCUAUGACAGAAUUGACGUAUGGUUAUGGGAUGGUACCACCUGAAAAAGCAGAUCGUGGGAAGAAAAAAUGCUUAUGUGGGUCACCAAAGUGCAGAGGUUUUUUCUAUUGA